UCAGCUGCGCGAAGAUGCACAAAACAUGUCUAUAGUUCUGAAUACUUGUAAACGAUCCAGUUUUUCGGGUUUUCCGCGGAUGAACGAAAAAAAAAUUGAAGAGAGCUGAAUCCCUCAAUUUUUUCACGGAUUUUUUCUCGGUUCCUUUCCGAGCAAAAAUGGAAAAAAUCGGCCUUUUUUAACUGCACAUAUAUUGCGUGUCAUUCUGAUUUCAAUGACGCAAGUGACGUAAGUGUUUGCUACAGAUUCGUAGUUUCUCGAAGCGCGAGCGCACUUAUGUGUCACCGGGUAUAUCUGAUCCGUAAGAUGCUGAUUGGUCGGUUUUCCUGACUCGUCAGCUGUUUGCGCUCAUAUAAAGAGCGCCGGCACUGCUUGCCGGUCACCAGUCGUCGGCCGACGAGCGCGUGCUGUUUUUUUUCUUCAUUUAAUUUGUGUGGGAAUCGCGCGUGGCAAUUUGUUCCAUUGUCGAACAUUGUCUCGGAAGGUCUUUCCAACGAGAUCGAUUCAAGGCGUCGCUCUGAUGAGGAUAUUAUCGAGGCGAGGUUAACGUUCGCGUCAAGUGCCACGAUAAUAAUCAGAAGCUCGUGCAUUCGAAUUUUGCGCAAUCUUUCGCGACACUUAUCUCGAGACUCGUCUGGAAAGAUAUCUGAUCUUUGCGAAUGUUGUUUACGAGGCCACGUAUAUAUUGGAACUCUCGAAUUAUUGACAACUGGUGAGACGAUAAGAAGUCUCUUGUCAUCGUAAAUCAUCUCGAAUGUGCAUCCCGCGUUAAACCUUUGAGCUCUUCUUUCCUUUUUGGAAGUGUAAAAGUGAUUGUCACAUUACGUGCAACGGAGUGUACGACGUGAACUCGUCGAAGACGCGAGGAAACACCGGCGUGCGAGGGAAGAGCCUAAUUCGAAGAGAGAGAGAGAGAGAGGAUGCACGGGGACAAUCAAGCGACAAUGAAGCUACCGAUCACGCUGAACUUACCGAGAAAAGAACUGGACGAGCUGAUCGAUAAAGCGAAGGAUUGGGCGCUGAUGAACGGCACGUGCUUUCGGUCCAAGACCAACUUCAACCGGGACUUGCUACAGUUCGCGCCGUUCACGCUCCUGCCGUCGCCGUUCCCGCGAGAAGAGUUUCAGAACGCCUGCAACAUCCAGAUUAUUUUGAACACUCUCAUACACAGAGUGGCACACGACUACGACUUCCUGAAGGAGACCCUGCGGGAGACCGUGAAGGUCGACGAAUUUACCAGGAACUUGUUCGACAUCUACGAGACCGUUCACAGAGAAGGAGCCGCGCAGAAGCUGUCGCUCGGUAUAUUGCGCUCGGAUCUGAUGUUAGACACCAGCUGUCCCAAGAAGAAUGCCGAAAAGCUCAAGCCGCACUGCUGCUGGAAGCAAGUGGAGAUUAACACGAUCGCCUCCGGCUUCGGCUGGCUAGGACCCGCGACCACGCGGCUGCACCGGUUCAUCUUGCAGGAGCUCGGCUACACGGACGAGCUGAGGAAUCUGCCGGAGAACAAUGCGCUGGAAUCGCUGUGCUCCGGCAUGAUAGAGGCGUGGAGCUUAUACGGCGAUCCGAAGGCGGUCAUCCUGUUCGUUGUCGAGGACGUCACGUACAACAUCUGCGACCAACGUUUCCACGAGUUCGAGAUACGCAGGCAGAACCCGAAAGUCAGGGUGAUCCGCAGGAAUUUGACGCAACUGGCGGCGACCGCCAGACUAAACGCCGACAUGGAACUGAUGGUGGAUGACUACGUCGUGUCUGUGGUUUAUUACAGAAGCGGCUACGAACCCGGUCAAUAUCACACCCAAAAAGAAUGGGACGCGAGACUGCUGAUCGAGAGAUCGUUGGCGAUCAAAUGCCCGAGCAUUCAGUACCACUUAGCCGGCACGAAGAAGGUUCAACAAACUCUGGCGAAGCCCGGCACGGUCGCGUGCUUCUUGAAGGACGAGAAGACGGCGGCGAAGGUCAGGGAGAUAUUCACCGGCCUCUAUCCGUUAGACUUCGACGAGCACGGUAACAGCGCUGUAGAAAUGGGCAUCUCGGAACCACAACGUUUCGUGCUGAAACCGCAGAGGGAAGGUGGUUGCAACAACAAGUACGGCACGGACAUUCGCGAUUUCCUGCAGUCCGUGAAAUCAGAACAGGCUCGGGUGGCCUGGAUUCUCAUGGAUCGGUUGUAUCCGCCGGUGCACAGGAACUACGUGGUGAAGCCUGGAAGUAAUGCAGAACCGGAAACAAAGGAAUUGAUCUCAGAGUUGGGGAUAUUCGGCGUGAUUAUCGGGAGCGAUAAGGAGAUUAUUGUCAACAGGCUGGGCGGUCAUAUGCUGAGGACGAAAUUGUCCACCGAUAACGAAGGCGGCGUGGCGAGCGGUCUGGGCGCUUGCGACAGUCCGUUUCUAAUCGAUUGAGAGUCGCGCAAAACGGACAAUGCGAAUAAAAGAAAAAGCCGUCGCCUUAUUAAUUGCCCACAUUGUAUCGCCGCGCAGCUAUGUCGUAAUAUCAUUCCUUUCUGAAGCAACAGACCCUACUGCCGUAGCGAAUGUUUCAAGUUCUUAUGAAUUUAUAUUUUUUGUAUAUUUGAAUUUGUAUUUUUUGUAUAUACAUUUGUACACACAACCU